AUGUUAACCGAAGCUGAUAUUCGUUUAGAAAUCAAUAAAGCCCUCGAAAAUAAGGCCAAAAAACGAGGUGAAGAUUUAAAUUCUGCCUUAGAGCAAGCCAAAAAAUACGCCCAAGUUCGCCAGGCUCCCAUAAUUUAUGCUACUGAUGGGGACGCUUUUGAAUACUUUUUGAAGGCUUAUUUAUCGAAGCAACAAAAAGAUUUGGGGGAAUAUUUUACUCCGCGACAUAUUGUUAAAUUUUUGGUGAAAUUAACUAAUCCAAAAUUUGGAGAAAAAGUUUAUGACCCGUUUUGUGGGACAGGAGGAAUAUUAAUCGAAGCUUUUCGACAUAUUUACCAGAAAAUGCCACGGGAAAGCAAAAAAUUACAAAUUUUAAAAAGUAACACCAUUUACGGCGGGGAAAUUACCCAAACCACCCGCAUUACCAAAAUGAAUAUGAUUUUGAGUGGGGAUGGGCACAACAAUAUUAAAAGGCAAGACAGUUUAAAAAAUCCAGUUCAGGGUAAAUACGAUGUGGUAAUUACCAAUAUGCCUUUUUCGCUAGGAAAUUAUGCUGAAUACUCCGCUUUUUACGCCUUGGGUAGUGCUAAUGGCAAUAGUUUGUGUAUCGAGCAUUGUCUGACGGCCUUGAAUAAGGAUUAUGCCGAUGGGCAAAUAGCCAUAAUUGUGCCAGAGGGGAUAUUAUUUGACCGCAAGUUUACUAAAUUACGAGAAUACAUUUAUCAAAAUAGUUAUGUUGAAAACAUUAUUUCUUUGCCGGCCGGAACUUUUGCCCCUUAUUCUAAUAAAAAAGAGGGAACUAACGACUUAGAUACUUUUUUAAGUUUUCGGGACAGUAGCGAAGAGGAAAAAUUAAGCCAAGCGGGAUUUAGCAAAUUAAAUUUGGAGUUAGUAAGCCAGAAUAAUUAUAUUAGCAUUCCCAAUGUUUAUAAAAAAUUUACUUUUGAUUCUAAAUAUGAAAUUAUGGCUUUGGGUGAACUAGUGGCCGAAGUUAAUCUCCGCAAUGAGGGUUUUGUGCUGGCUGAAAAAAGGUUUACGGAAAAGGUGGCUUCCGACAAUACUUCUAAUUAUAAAAUUGUUCCGCCUAAUUAUUUUGCUUUCAGCCCGCCCCGUAUUAAUGUGGGUUCAAUUAAUUACAAUAAUACAAAGAAAACAGGCUGCUCUGAAAGAUUUAAGGAGCAAGUAAAAAAUUACGCUUUUGGCAGUGUUCGUCAAACUUUAAGUUUUGAAAAUUUUACUAAAAUUACGGUGCCAAUUCCGACCCUAGCCGAGCAGGAAAAAACAAAGACUAAAAAAUUGGGAGAAAUUUGUUCGAUUAGAGCGGGCAAAACUCCGGACACAAAAAUUAGAGAAUAUUGGUGCUUCCACUCAGAAAAUUGCGAAUGUGUUAAUUGA